UCCUUCCUGUUUCCGCUCGGCAGGCAGGCCCCCCGCAGGGACGCGGGAUCUGGGCGCCAGCCUUCCGUCGCUCGGCAGGCCCGGAGGGUGCCCGGGGCGGCGCUGGGCCCCCCGCCGCCGGGUUUUCCCAAUAGAAAACCAGAAAAGAUGAUUGAUAUUAAGGCCUGGGCUGAAUACAUCGUGGAGUGGGCUGCAAAGGACCCAUACGGCUUUCUUACUACAGUGAUCUUGGCCCUCACGCCAUUGUUCAUAAUUAGUGCAGCACUUUCAUGGAAACUUGCAAAAAUGAUUGAGGCCAGGGAGCGAGAGCAAAAGAAGAAACAGAAACGCCAAGAGAAUAUUGCAAAAGCCAAACGAACAAAGAAGGAUUAAAUGGGAAAAAAAGGUCUUCCUUGUGCAAAGAAUCCACUUCCUAAAUGAAACACUUAUUGUGUUGUAACUGUCCUUUGAUAAUUGAUCCUCUGAUUUCUUGAUGCAGGGAAUUUAGUCCCUCUAGUGUAUUUUUUUUUUCUGCUGAGAUGAUUUGUGUUAGUUUGUCCAAAUGACACUUGUUAACAGUCAUUUAAUCUCCUACCUGUUCUAGUCUAGGUUGCUUUUCUAACUUUGCAUGUUAAACAAAAUACCAGUGUGUUGGGUGGCUCUGGACAUAGAUGAUUUUUUUCCCUUAGUUGAACUAUUGCCUAAGUGUCUUAAAAUUGUCAAAUUAUGGGGGAACUUGUGAAUGGUGAACCAGAUUACAGAAAGGCAAGUUUCUGCAGACCUUCAGCAGAGCUGUAGAGAUGAGCUUGCAUCAGUCUUCCUUAGUAGCACGUUACCAAUUUCCUUUAACACUGCAUAUGGCCGUGCAGUUCAUUUGGCUCUCUGCCCAUAGGGGAUGCUGUAGUGUCUUUGAUGGUGGGGCUUGCCUGCAAAAAAACCCCUGUCCUAGGUCUUCCUGAACUACCAGCCAUCAACAGUAUUUAAAUGCAGCCCAAACUCUAGGACUCUCAUUGCUUGUUCUAACUACCCUCAUUUGUCUUGAGCCACUUCUAUGUUGUCUGGGCUUCCCCUAAUGCUCACCUGAAUACUCCACCUGUAACUGUUUUCUGCCUUCAAACACUUUAUGCCUCAAAGAAUAGCCAUAAAUGGGGCAAGACCAAAGGCCCAGGUGGCCUAGUGUUUUGUGGGGGUUAUGGGAGGAGGAUGUGCCAGUAGUUCUUCCUACUUGCUAACCUGGCUACCUUUGGUCUAGGACCUUCUCAGUUCAGGGGGGGAUCUCUGCCCUCAUGAACCCUGGAACUCUCCUGCUUUCCAGGUUGCAAAAUGUUGCCAUGCUGGAAAAAGUCCAAGUUGUGUUUGCGUUGUAACUAUGCCAACAUUAUUUAAACUUAAUUCCAAUUCAUGUUUUUCUAACAAGCAAUUAAUUUUUCAAAGCCUGUUUCUUUUAUUGUCUAGUUCUGAAAUGCUUGUGUCAGUCAUUAAUUUUUUAGAUUUAGUGUAUUUCUAAACAGCAGCAGUUAUGCUUUCUAGCAGCUAGACCUUCAUUGUGUUUAAAAGUAAAACAUAAAUAAUACUGUUGUUCAAAAGAGAGAACCUACAGAGCUGGUGGAUACCAGGGAUUAGAAAUGGGGAGUCUUUAUGGAAUGAAGUGAAUGUGAAGUACUGUUGCUUUCCUUUUAGUUUUGUUGGUCAAAGCAAGCAUUAUUGGAAUGUGGCAUUUCAGCAUUUUAUAAACACAUGGGAUUAAGUCUCCAUAUUGUAUCAGGUGGUGUCAAAUGUGUACCUGUUCCGUCUUUGACAUAUACUAGCUUAAAACAUGGAGGAGAACUGAUGAAGGAUGCACUGCACAAAUAAAUUUGAUACUUUUU